AUGGAGAACGAGUUCGUGGGCGGUUUUGGCCGUUGGCAAGUGCGGUUGGCAGCGCUGCUGGCACUACCCGUGCUGCUGACAGGACUCUACGGCACCAACUACGUGUUUUUAGCCGCAAAUACACCUUACAGAUGUCACAUAUCAGAGUGUGAAGACAACGACACCUUGCGCACGGUGUCACCGGAGACCUGGUCUCCGGCUUGGACGAGCUAUGCCUUACCACCUGACGAUGCUUGCGCGCGCCACCCAUCGGUCUCCGACACCUGCGACGAGGGUUCCUUCGACAACACCAGCAACAUCCGGUGCGAGGACUUUGUCUACAUGGAGCGGCGGAGUAUUGUGUCUGAGUUCAACCUGGCAUGUCAGGAGGGCAAGCGCGCAAUGGUGGGCACCGUGCACAACGUGGGCAUGCUUGUCUCUUUGCCCAUCAUGGGAUAUGUGUCCGACAGAUGGGGCCGCCGCGCGGCGCUGGUGGUGAGCGGAUGCGGUGCUGGCCUGCUGGGUUUGGUCAAGUCCUUCGCUGGCUCCUAUACUGCGUAUGUACUGGGCGAGUUCUUCGAGACUGUGUUAGGCGCGAGUGUUUACCCCGCAGCGUUUGUGCUCAUGAUCGAGUGGCUAGGAGUAGAACAGCGUAUCCUAGCAAGUUUGCUUCUCGGCAUACCGCUAUCUGCCGGUGCUGCUACUCUGGCGCUUCUUGACUAUCUGACUGGGUAUUGGAGGCUUUGGGCGCGGGUGGCCUACCCACCCUCCUUCCUGCUCCUGCUGUAUCCCUGGCUUCUGCCAGAGAGUGUGAGAUGGCUGGUAGCAAACGGCAAGUUGACUCAAGCCGCGAAAGUGAUAAAACAAGCGGCGCGAUGCAACAGGGUCGCUUUGCCGGAAGACGCGAUUGACAAGGCGCUCGCAUCGAAGUCCGAGCCCGUGCUGGACAAGAGUGAAGUAGACGACGAAGAGGAAGAAGAGAGCAUAUUUAGAGCUUUUGUGAAGUACGGCGAGCUGCGGCGGCGGCUGUUAACAUGCUUCGUUUGGUGGGCGUCGGCGGUGUUCGUGUUCUACGGGCUGGCGGUGCACGCGCACUUACUAUCGGGCAGUGCACACGCAAACUACGCUCUGCUGAGUGCCGCGGAGGUGCCGGCGCUGCUGCUCAACACGCUGCUGCUGGACCGCGCCGGCCGCCGCCCGCUACUGACCGCCGCGCUGCUGCUCACCGCUGCCGCGCUCAUCACCACCCCGCUGCUGCCCGACCCAAAUGGCGUGGGUGGAACAGCGCUGUUCCUGACGGGUAAGGUGGGCGCCACGAUGUCGCUGAACGUGCUGUACGUGUACACCGCGGAGCUGUUCCCCACGCGCGCGCGCCAGCGCCUGCUGGCCGCCUGCUCCACCUGCGGCCGCCUCGGCGCCAUCCUCGCACCACUCUCGCCGCUGCUGGCUGUGUACGGGUCGUGGGUGCCGGCGACGCUGCUGGGCGCGCUGCCGCUGGUGAGCGCGGCGCUGACGCGGCUGGUGCCCGACACGCUCGGCCGCCGCCUGCCCGACCGCUUCCGCGACCUGCGCCACCACCACCUGCUGCCCUGA